UAUAACGGUAUUACUGAACCGUUAAAUUAUACGUUAUCUAUGAGCGUCUGUUUUAUAACGGUUAUUUUAGCGUUACGAAAAGCGUUACAUAUGUGUAUCAUUUAUUUAUUUUUAUUUAUCUAUUUAUUAAUUUUAAUUUCUAAAUAAAUUAAAUCCUCCCUUAAUUUCAAAAUCUGAAAUUUAUCUAGGGUUUCAGUUUCUCUUUCAAUUUAUGUUUCUCCAGUGAGUCUCGCCGUCGCCGCCGUUGCCGCUGUCGUUGCCAGACCGUCCCUCACAACGCCGCUCUAUUGCUGCCGAGAGAUUUCUCGCUGGUACACCAGAAAUGGGUUCUUAGGCGAAGAUGGACAAGAUGCGGCAGCACCAGAAUUACCGCAACCUUUGGCAAAUCAAUCUUAUGUGCACCAUCCAAAAUGACCCUUCAUCUCAUUGUGAUGAAACAUAAUAACUCUAGUGAAAGUUUGAACUUCGAAAGUCAGAAUCCCGUAGGAGGCUCACUAUCUGUUCUCAACUUAUCAGAAGUUGUGACUGGCAACAUUGUUAAUAUACACCAUAUCACAGAUGUUGUUGUUGCUGCAUGGAUAUUGAACGUCACCCUUGUUGUCCCCAAAUUGACCAGAAGUCUUUCUGGAAAGAUGUUUGGUUCGGGUUUUGCUUCAAAUGAGAUGUUCUUGUUUGGGCAGUUUGUGGCUUUUUAUGAUAGGAAGCUUGGGAUCAAUUCAAUGAAUUGGGAUGGAAGUUUGGAUGGAUGAAUGGAAUGUUGUUGACUGAAAGCCGCUUCAGAGUACUUAUUUUUUGUUGAAAAUUGUAAAUUGACUAUUCUAGCUACUUAGAUACAUUACGUGGUUGGUUAAUAUUUAACAGUUUGAUUAUGGAUGGAUGGAGUUAUUUGGAUUAUUAAAUAUUUAUAUAAUA